AUGGGCUCGGGAGAGGACGUGAAGGAUGCGACGAAGGCUCGAGUGAAUAUUGUGGCGAUGGUGGACAGCGUGGGAGAUGAGGGAGCCAGGCCUUGUGGAGUCGUGGGAUGCAGCUUCCACAACAAUGCGAGACGAAGGGCUUUUGGGGCGCUGAACCUCGUGCUCGUGGACACAUGGCAAGCGCGGCGUAGGCAGGAAGCACAAGCACGAGCAGGGACAAGCAAGAACAAGCACAAGCACAAGCACAGGGAAAAGGACCCUCACAGGGACGAGCCCAAGGACGAGCACAAGGACGAGCACGAGCACGAGCAGCAGCAUGAGCAAUGGAAGCAAACAAUUUCCAAGUACUCCGUAUGGUCUGGCCUACUUCCUUACCCGCCGACGAGCACAGUCCCUUCCACGCCUUCCCAAAGCAAGUCAAAGUACUAG